UGGAGAUUUGAAAUUGGCGAAGGAGCAACGGCCGCGGGAGAGGAGACGCGGCGCGACGGCCGGAGACACCGGACACUGGACACACGGAGAGACCGGACACUGAGUAACAGCGGCCGGAGAGACCGGACACACGGAGAGACCGGACACUGAGUAACAGCGGCCGGAGAGACCGGACACACGGAGAGACCGGACCCUGAGUAACAGCGGCCGGAGAGACCGGACACACGGAGAGACCGGACACUGAGUAACAGCGGCCGGAGAGACCGGACACACGGAGAGGGAGUAGACACGGAUUAACGGGGGCCGGAGAGCGAGGCUGGGGACACUGAGAAGAGCCGGAGCCGGACACUGAGGGAGAGGCCGGAGACCAGGAGCCGGACACUGAGGGAGAGGCCGGAGACCAGAGACCAGGAGCCGGACACUGAGGGAGAGGCCGGAGACCAGCAGCCGGACACGGGGAGCGGGGCCGGAGGAUGGUGAGAAAAAGUGAUGCACUGGCCACAGAGUCAGUCAGCUGCCUCAAUGCAGCACUUUCCCAUCUUCGAAAUAUCUGGGAAGAGAUUGGAAUUCCAGAAGAUCAGAGAAUGCAAAGGACAGAAGUUGUUAAAAAGCACAUUAAGGGCCUAUUGGAAAUGAUGAUUGCAGAGGAGGAAAAUUUAAGGCAACGGCUGAAAAAGAGUAUUACAAUGUGCCAGAAAGAGCUCCAUGCAGUGUGUCAGGACCUUGGGUUAACUGCAUGUCUGCCAGAAGAAAAUUGCACAAUGCUGCAGCUGGAGAAAGAUCUGCGGACUCGUUUGGAGGUCCUCUUGAAGGAGAAGAAAGAGAGAAUGGCUAAAAUGAACUGCCUUAAAGAACAAGAUGACGAACUUUGUGACAUUCUCUGUACAACAGGCUACUCCAUUGAUGUUGAUGUUGUCCCCAGUAUUGAACAGCUAGAUGCAUUCCAUGCGCACAUUGCUUCACUGAAUGAAGAAAAGGAGCGCAGAAGGGCUGAGUUUGUAGAGACAAAGAAAAAAAUCAUUUUGUGCAUGGAUGAACUGGAUCAGCUUCCUGACACUAGCUUUGAGAGAGAUAUUGUGUGUGAAGAUGAGGAUGCAUUUUGUUUAUCCAAUGCGAAUAUUCUAGGUCUAAUAACAUUACUUCAACAGCUGGAGAAGAAGAGAGCUGAAAAUGAAGCCAUAUGUUCAGAGCUGAGAAGUCAAAUAAUUAACCUGUGGGACUGGUUGAAGAUUUCUGAUGAAGAACGCAAUGCAUUUGCUGUACACAUGGUUGGAUCCAGGGCAAAAACAUUGCAAAUGUUACAGACACAAUUGCAGCAUCUUGAAGUCCUGAAAUUACAGAACAUGAAAAGUGUGAUUGAAGCUGUCCGACAAGAGCUAGCAUCAUACUGGGAGAAAUGUUUCUUCAGCUCUGAACAGCGCCAAGCAUUUGCUCCAUAUUAUGAAGAGGAAUAUACAGAGGAUUUAUUGCAGCUUCAUAACUAUGAGCUGAACCGAUUAAAGCAGCACUAUCAAGCCCACCAGCAGCUAUUUGAGGGUGUCUGGAAGUGGGAAGAAAAUUGGCAGCUUUACCUCGGGUUUGAGAAGAAAGCAUCUGACCCAAACCGCUUUGCCAACCGAGGAGGCAACCUUUUAAAGGAGGAGAAGCAGAGAACUAAGCUGUAUAAAAUGUUGCCCAAACUGGAAGAAGAGUUGAAAAUGCAGAUUGAUGCCUGGGAACAGGAGCAAUGUUCACAUUUUCUGGUUAAUGGACAAAAUUUUAUGGAAUAUGUAUCUGAGCAAUGGGAGCUACAUAAAUUGGAGAAAGAGCGCGAGAAGCAAGAGCGGCAACAGAAGAAGAGUAAACUGAUUGAAGAGGAAAUGCUGUAUGGCAGUGCUCCGAAAACACCAAGCAAGCGAAGGGUUAACACUCUGACUACGCCAGGGAAAAUACGGAAGAUAAAUGGUACAUCGAUUGUUAAUGCUACACCCAACAGCACUUUUCGCUGUGCUAUUGGAAAUAGUGUCUGUUUCUCUCCAAUCUCCCGACCCCCUUUGUCCGGACGCAAGCCAGCACAAUCUGUGCGCACUCCAGGACAUUCUGCUAAGAAGCUCCCACGCCAUGGUGUCAAUGAAAAAAACAAAGAGAACAUUUCUCAUCUAAAUUCAACAGCAGUGAGUGGUGCGUCCACUGGCAUCUCCACUCCGCAGCAUAAUCUCAGCGUAAAUUCAGUUGCCACCACUUAUUCUGAGUUUGCGCGAGAUCUUUCAAAAGUUUCCAAGUCUGACUGUCGUUCACGUGUUCUCAAUUCUACAAUCACCAACCUCCACACCUAGGAAAGCUGUAAAAUGCCAGUGGGGAAAUGGACUGCUCAAACACGAGCUGGGGAGAGCCCUGACGUAGUGCACAAAAUGAAAACAUGUUACAGUAGAGCUGGCGUGUUUUGAUCUGUAUUUCUUUAAACUGUAAAUUACGGGAUAUGUGAAAUAUGCCACAGAUGAACAAAGGGUGUUGUACAUUUUUUUGUCCGUACCAUCUUGGUAUCUUGGGGCACUGAACAUGGCUUCAAAAUCUAUUUGAGAUGGGGUUGAUGCAUUUAGGGUUUUUUUUUAUACACAAAUUCAAACAACAUCUUGUUAACUUGCUACACCCAGUGAAUAUCAUUAAAAUUAAAUUAAAUUGAUGUCAUUCUCUUUUUGAGCUAUUAUUUAGAGUAGUGAGGAAGGCAUGUUCUAAAUAAUUGGCUUUCUCCAGAGUUCACUAAAGUAACUUACUGAUCUUCUAAAUCUUGACAAGUUGUUAUUUUAACAUGAUAAUGGCUGAUAGGCAACAAAUCCUUUAACAUUUACAAUUUUUGAUCAUCUUGAUAUGGCAAUUUGACACAACUAGGAUCUCCAGGGUAGGCUACCCAAAGCUGGGUCUGUACUAAGAGGAGAUUCCAAAUCCCCUCGUACAAAAUGCUAUUCGCUCGUUUGCAUCUGCGGUAAAUAAACUCUUCUUAAGCAAUAUCCAAAUGAUAUUUGCGUCUGCAAUAUUAUAUUUGGCUUUCUCCUCUGCUAGCCUAGCAACCGGUUAAAGCACAGUCAAUUCAUAUGCCAUCUAGAUAGCAAAUUAAAUGUUUUCUUGUUGCAUUAGGUUGUGAGAUGUUGAAGAUCCCUAGUUCAAAAAGGACCAUGUAAGGAUGGCAUGAGGUCAUAACUAUCCCUUUGUUCAUUUGUGGUUCUAUUUCUCAUAUGAUAUUGUGGCUUUAAUGAUACUUUAAUCAUACCCGGUUUUAAAUAUUUUUAUAAUUGCACAUAUAAAUUGUUUAAUUCUUUAGUUAAGCUAAUCAUGAAUUAUGCUCCUUUUUUGCAUUUUCCCUUAUUUAUUCUUGUAACGGCCAUUUAUUUCUGUUAAAGUUAGGCAAAUGUCACAAAAUAGUUAUGGGCGGUGAGAGAAGCCUUUAAACACUAACUGUAAUUUUAUAGUGUGUUGUAGAGACUUGUUAAUUGCUACCUGAUAAACUUGUCUUUACACCUUGUCUGACGCAGUGUUUGUCCAAUGUUUGUCUCAAUCUGUUUAUGACUGAAGGUACGUUUUUAUUCCAUCUUGGAAUCAAGAAAUAUCAAUCCUCAAGCAGGUUUCAAUCUUAAAUUGAAUGAAAAAGGAAGGAGAGCCUCGGAGUUGCAUUGUUUUCUUUGUUUGAACCAAUCUGCCAUUUUAAGAUGGGUGGGGAAACAGAAGGCUUGUGAAGUAUGUAGAUUUUUUAAAAAUGUUACUUUUUGAACUUCAGAGAAGACCCAUCAGAUGGGAUCUAAUGAAUUUCUUAACCUUGCUGGGGAACUUCCUAUUGUUUCCUAUAAGAUCACCUCAGAGCUAAUCUGAGAGUCAGGCAGCAUGGUGGCAAAACUGGCAGAGUUCCCUAACCUGGUUUGGCUAGGUUUGCUUUUAAUGCAAGUUGAAUUAUCUUGAAGGAUGAAAUUUGUCACAGUUGGUGUGUGCUCUGAUAUAAAACAUGAUUUGAGUAAUUCCAAAUUGAAACUUUGUUUCAGAAGUUCUGCCAUAAUCUCAUGCAUUUGGGAGAUUCAUGCAGAUUACUCCCCAAUCAUCUGGAUUUACCAGUCAAUAGCCUUAUGGCAGAACUGUGCAGAAGAAAAACAUUUUUAUACAAAGUGGCAUACAUUGUAAUAUUCCUAUGCUUUCCUUCCCCAUUGAAAUAGCUGUUAUAGUGAACGCGACAGACCCAAUGUAAUUUGAAGCAUUGUUCUUUCAUUAUUUAAAUCCAGAAAUAAUUAUAAAGACCGAGCAUCUAACCAAAAUUAGGUUUUAUAUUUGUGGUCCGCUAUCUCUGUGAAUCUACACAUGACAUGUUUGCUUUUUAACCUGCAGACUAUUGGACUUCACAAAUGUUCAAAUUUUCCUGCCAACAGUUAGGAGGUUAGCAUGGUGUACUCUUUCUUCCAAUUAAAAAAAAAAAAAUGUAAAUAGCUGUUUGUAAAUUCUAUAGACAUCUGAUUGGCUGUGGUCUGGUACCAGGCUCAAAGACCCCAGUUUGUACCGAGUUUCAAGCUCAAUAGGAAUUGCCUUUGCCUUCAAUGUCCAGAGCUAAGGGAGUGGGUAGGGUGAAAUCAAAGGAGAUUCCUUUUCUGGCUAAUUGUUAAAUUCAAACAUGUCCUUGUUUAGCACAGGCUACAUCUGACUGUGAGGCACCAUGUUAAACUCUGGCCUGGACCUGGGGAAAGGCAUUCUGAAGUACUAGGAGGUGUGGUAGCAUGAGGUACUAUGGUGCUUAAAGGCUGUAGAUGAUAACAUUGGACACUGAAAUCUGUCUGUCUUUUGACCAUUGUUUAGAGUUUGUCUUUAAAUUGUACAGCGUUAUGUAAUAAAUAGUCGAAGCAAUA